CAACCAAAUAUUUUUUUCGCAGAACGAAUAUUACAAGAAAUGCUCGUUGUAGAAGUGAUCUUGUACAAAGAAUUGCUGGGUUUCCCAAGUUAUGGACACUUACGUUUGCAGAUUGCUUCAGUCUGUAUGUUCAGCUGUUGAACAUAUUUGCUACAAGCUACAAGAUCUCAGAUACUUACCCACAAAAUGGUAUUAGUAGCAAAAAGGAAAUACUUCACAACACAAUGAAAGCUUAACUUCUCCCUCAGUGAAUUUUCCUCCAUGAAAUUUUCUGUCCUGAAACUUUCUGAGGAAAACAAAUCUUUGACAACUCUUGAUCAAUGAUUCUUCGAUCACCCAGGAACCAGGCCUCCCCGGGAAACUAUGCCGCACGGUAUUAUGGGUCAUUUCCUUGUCAAAACAAAGAUGGCAGCAGCAGUGCCUUUCAACGUUGUUUUUGGAAUCAACGAAACUCCCUUAACUCACGCUCUGGAGACAAGACGUUUUGAUGAAGCAUUAGAAUAUAUCAACAGUCGGUACGGAAUGUGCUUGGAUGAGGGAUUUUACCAAAGAAUUCCACUCUAUAUCGUUCUUUCCGGGGAAAAUUCUGCAGUUGACGGGGAAGCCAUGCCCAUUCACUUAAAAAUCGCACGACGACUGAUAGAGAGAGGGGCAGAUCCAAAUUUGAGAAUUCCAGAGACUUGUGGUGCUGAGUACAUUGGACCUGGCACAUCUCCACUACAAUGUGUCGUCAACUUCUACAACCUGGUUACAAGCAAAGACACCGUACUCACACGAGAUGCAUUAUCCACACAUGAGGCAUUAUCCCUUAAUGGGAAGAGUAUAAAAGACACUGCAGACUUGAUUGAAGAACUGAUAAAUGUGGUGUGGUUGCUAUUGGGUCAUGGAGCUGAAGUUAAUGUUAGAGACACUGAAUCAAAGACACCUCUGCACACCACGUUGUUGAGGUCACAGGACUUGCGUAUGGUACAGACCUUAUGUGACAAUGGUGCUGAUCUUAUGGCGACUGAUUGUCAUGGCAACACACCACUUAUGUCUCUUUGUAGUCCACUGCCCUGGUGUGAUGGCAUAGAGCAAGGACCAUGUCUUGAUAGCGACAUAAGUGAAGCUGUGCGCUUUCUGUUAUCUUUUGAAAAUGUAAAGAUUGAUCACUGUGGAAUUCACAGUAGAACAGCUCUGUUCUAUGCUAUGCAGUCAGCUAACUUUAAAGUUGCAACGAUUCUUCUUGAUCAUGGAGCUGAUCCCAGUCUGCGUGGCUUGGGCCCUGAUGGAAGAUACAUUUCUCCCUUGCUAGCCGCCAUUAUUCCAUGGUCGUCCAUUGGACGAAAGGAUACAUGUGCAGUUUGCCGAGAGCUUUCCCCUCUAGUGGAUAAAGGCUAUUUUUCUACUGAGGAAAUUCUAUUGGAACUCCUUGAUUACACCUCUUGGGGAAACCCAAGUGAUGUGUCUUUACUAAACCUGAAACAAUUUGGAAUUAGCUUGAUUCCCAUGUUGUUUGGACAAAGCAUGUGUAAGUUGCGCCAACUAGCAUCAAGGAUGUUUAUUGACGGUAUGUAUGCUGGUGAGGCAUUUGGACUGUUGAGUUCAAGCGAAGUGGCAUGUUUGGUAAGAAGACACAGUCUUCCAGCUGAACUCAUCACGGAUUUUCAGAUUGUCUUGCUGAGGCAUAAGAUCUUGAAUGCCUUAGCAGAAACAGACUGGGACUUGUGGGAUGUUGAGGAGUUCACGCUGGAUGAAAGCAGUGAAUAUGAUGAAUCAGACGAUGAGUAUUGGUAGCUUUCCUUGAAAUAUUUGCAUCAUAAAAGU